AUGGACGAAAUACUGCCUGUAUACCAAAGCCACAGAUUCACAACGCUCGCCGUAGUGCUGGGCAUUAUCGUCCUGCUCUCAUGGCUGUUCCGUGACCGCCGGCUGGAUACGAUACCCGGGCCCAAGGGCUACCCGUUGAUUGGCGUCGGCUACAAGCUCCCCCCCCAAGGCGCCUGCGCUCUUCCGAAAAUUCGCGUCGGCUGGUACAACUGGGUGGUCAUCAACACUCCCGAAGCUGUUUGGGAGAUCCUCGAAAAGCAGGCCGUCAACACGUCCUCCAAGGCCCCUUCGCCCAUGGGCCACGACAUCGUUACGGGGGGCAAGCGCAUGCCCACAAUGCCCUAUGGACCACACUGGCGCACCCAGCGAGCCGUUGUGCGCCGCAUCACCACGGUGCCCAUGACGGCAACGUUUGUCCCCAGCCAGGAGUUCGAGGCAAAACAAUUGCUCUACGACCUGGCCACCAACAACGACAAUCAGCGCGACUUCUACCAUCAUAUGCGCCGGUACGCGUUCAGCAUCAUCAUGACCAAUACGUUCGGCACGCGCAUCAAGAGUUGGGACCACCCGGAUGCGCAGAACGCAGUGAGAAGCCAGGCAAUACUGAGGCGAACCUCGCGGCCGGGCGCCUUCAUUGUCGACGAAGUGCCGCCCCUGGCUCGCCUGCCAAAGUGGCUCCAGCCUGGUCGGAAAACUGCCGAAGCAGCUGCUAAGGAGGUCCUGGACAUAAAGAUGGGACUCUGGCGGCGACUGGAGAAGCAGUUAGAGGAAGGAAAGGCUCCUCACUGCUACGCGCGCGAGAUUCUCGAGCGCAGAGAGUCAUGGUAUGCCCAGGGACUCAAUGAAGAGGAUUUGGCUUGGGUCGCCGGCGGGCUCGUCGAAGCCGGUUUCGAGACAUCGGCAGCUACGCUGAACAGCCUCGUGCUUCACCUUGCCGCGAACCAGCGCGUACAGGAGAAAGCCCAGGAGGAGCUCAUGCGGGUAGUCGGGCCAAACCGCCUGCCCACGUUCGAGGAUAUCAGCAACCUGCCUUAUAUCCGCGCCUGUGUCAAAGAAAUGCUCCGAAUGAACCCCAUUCUCUCCCCAUGCAUCCGGCAUUACACCGACGCAGAUGUCAUGUACAAGGGACACGUCAUCCCCAAGAGAACCGUGCUGCUUGCCAACACGGCCUUUUUGCACUACGAUCCCCGGAGGUUCGAGAAGCCGUUUGAGUUCAUGCCCGAACGAUGCAUUGAACAUCAUCUGUACAGCUCGGACUACGCGGCCAUGAGCAAUCCGUAUAAGCGUGACCAUUUCACCUUCAGCACGGGCUGGAGAACCUGUCCUGGAGCGCGCCUGGCGGAAAAUUCACUCAACAUUGCGCUAUCCCACAUCCUGUGGGCGUUUCAAAUCCGGCCACCGCUGGUAAAUGGUGUCGAGGCCGAGAUGGACCUGAGUGAAAAUGCAUACCCGGACGCCGGUUUCACCAUCCCUAAGCCCUUCGCUGCGAGAUUUGUGCCCUGGAGUGAGGACAGGCUUCGAAUUGUCAAGGAACAAUGGGAGAUUGCAAGCAAGGAGGGCUAUGAGCUUAGAGGCAUCCCGGUUGACAUCAAUGGCAUGGUUCAAUAG